UCUCUCCCUCUCUUUACCUCAUUCUCUCUUCGCUCUUCUUUUCUGUGUUAACGAAAACCUGCAAAAUCUGCCCCGUUUCGAAAAACGUUGAGAGUGUCGAUCGCAAGAAACAAAGCAGACAAACCCUAAUUAUUCUUCAAUCUUCACCUCCCGCAUUCGCGGUAUUUACAGUCGUACCCCUUCCGUCACUUUCGCUUCUCAGUCUUCUUUACUCAUUGAUGAUAGCGUGGACGUUGGAGAGAGCGGGGGACGGCAUUUGGCGUGAAUAAGUGAUGGAGUUUAGGGCGGAGUCGUUGUUUCUCUUGUUGUUGAGUCCGUGAUGGGCGUAGCUAAGUCGUGGAGGUUUAGCGUGAUAUCGGCGAACCUGGCGCUGUUACAGCAUCCGAAUGGCAGUUUAAGCAACAAGCAUGUGUGUUGGAGGUGGCGAUCCUCUGCGGCGCAGCAGAGGAAGCCGAUCUCAUGGUCGCUCGUCUGUGGCUUGAUGCUCUUCUGCUUAGGCAUGAUUUCGCUCUUCACUGGACACGUGGCGUCUGAUCUAGAGUGGUACUCUCAACGACUUGUGAAACGAAGUCUCUAUUUCAAAUUGGAUGGAAGUAAUAAAGGACCAAUUGAUAUAUGGAAAUCUCAAUAUGCAAAAUACUUCUACGGAUGCAGCAAAAAAAGUCGUAAUUUUCCUCAUGCUGUACGUGGGCGAUCAUCAAAUGGUUAUUUGCUUAUUGCAGCAAGUGGAGGACUGAAUCAGCAAAGAACAGGAAUAUCAGAUGCUGUAGUGGUUGCACGAAUUCUAAAUGCAACCCUAGUGGUACCUGAGUUGGAUCAUAACUCCUACUGGAAGGAUGGUAGUGACUUCGUCAACAUUUUUGAUGUCAACUGGUUCAUUUCUUACCUUGCAAAAGAUGUAACUAUUGUCAAAAGAGUUCCUGAUAAAGUCAUGCGAUCAAUGGAAAAACCUCCGUACACUAUGCGUGUCCCGAGGAAAUCCCCUCCAGAAUAUUAUAUAGACCAAGUGCUGCCAAUACUGUCAAGAAGACGUGUCCUGCAACUGACAAAGUUUGAUUACAGACUGGCCAACAACAUCGAUGAAGAGCUACAAAAGUUGCGUUGCCGGGCUAAUUUUCAUGCUUUAAGAUUUACAAAACCUAUUCAAGAGCUUGGACAGAAGCUUGUCAUGAGAAUGCGAGACAUGGCAAAAAGUUUUAUUGCUGUCCACUUGAGAUUUGAACCUGAUAUGCUAGCAUUUUCUGGUUGUUACUAUGGUGGAGGAGACAAGGAGAGAUAUGAGCUUGGAGAGAUACGAAAACGAUGGGCAACAUUACCUGAUUUAAGUGCUGAUGGUGAGAGAAGGCGAGGUAAAUGUCCACUCACUCCUCAUGAAGUCGGAUUGAUGCUGCGGGCACUUGGUUUUUCAAAUGACACACACCUUUAUGUUGCAUCUGGAGAAAUAUAUGGUGGAGAAGAAACUCUGCGCCCUCUAAGAGAGCUCUUUCCAAACUUCUAUACGAAGGAGAUGCUUGCUAAUGAAGAGCUGAAACCUUUUCUUCCGUUCUCUUCUCGCCUUGCUGCCAUUGACUUCAUUGUUUCUGACGAAAGUGAUGUUUUUGUCACCAAUAAUAAUGGAAAUAUGGCCAAGAUUCUUGCUGGUCGAAGGAGGUACAUGGGGCACAAGAGGACUAUAAGGCCAAAUGCCAAGAGGCUCAGUGCUUUGUUCAUGGAAAGGGAUCAGAUGGAUUGGGAUACCUUUGCCAGAAAGGUGAAGGCGGCUCAGAGAGGAUUCAUGGGAGAGCCAGAUGAGAUGAGACCAGGACGUGGAGAAUUUCAUGAAUAUCCAUAUUCUUGUGUCUGUGAGAAGCCACUGAAUGAUGUUGUAGACAGCAGGAGUGGAGAUCCUCAGUCAGAACAAGUCAGAGGAUAUCAAGGAUUGAGGAAAGAAGAGCCAGUAUCUUUAGGAUACAAGGACGAAGAUGCUGCAGGCUGAUUUCAUGACCAGAACAUGCCUUUUCUAUUGAUUGAUAAUGAUCUAACAUAUUGAUGCCUCUUGCCUAUGCAACUUCAAUGCCUUCUUUAUUAUGCCGGCAGAAAAGUUAACAGCACAUGCCAUUUGAGCCAAAGCAGGGUCAGAUAUAGCUUCUGGUUUCUUCUCAGUUUCUCUGGUUGGAUCCAUGAAAGGAUUGAAUCUUUGUACAGGGAAAGGGAAGUUUAAGAAACAGCAAUUGUUCAUAUAUAUAUAUUUGUUAGGUAAAUAGGGCAUGUAGUUAUGAAGUAAGAUACUGGAGUUUCCUGUGUUUGGUGGACUAUAUUUAAUCCAAGUGUCAAUGAUCAAUUAUUCAAAAUCA